AUGUGGUUCUCAAGCACCGCGUGGUUGCUGCCAUUGGCACUUGCAGGAAGCGUUCAGGCGUUGCCGAAAGGUGCUAAGAUUGGCACAACAGCGUCGCACGUCAGGAAAGGCGGAGUGACUUACAACGUCUUUGAACAUGCUCCCACUGGCGCCAGGUUGGAAUAUGUCAACAACUCUGGUAUUUGUGAGACCACCAAAGGCGUGAAUCAGUACAGCGGCUACUUAAGUGUCGGAGAGAAUCAGAAUAUGUUCUUUUGGUUCUUCGAGAGCCGUAACAACCCGCAAAAUGCACCUCUCUCUGCCUGGUUCAACGGUGGCCCCGGCUGCUCUUCCAUGAUCGGAUUGUUCCAGGAAAAUGGACCCUGCCACUUCGUCAACGGCGAGGAGACUCCAUCUUUGAAUGAACAUAGCUGGAACAACUUUGCCAAUAUGCUCUACAUUGACCAGCCUAUCGGGGUAGGCUUUUCGUAUGGAGACAACCCCGUUAAUAGCACGUGGACUGCUGCUCCAUACGUUUGGAAGUUCCUCCAGGCCUUCUAUGAGCAUUUUCCACAGUACGAAAGCCGCGACUUUGGCAUUUUCACCGAGUCAUAUGGCGGUCACUAUGGCCCUGGCUUCGCUUCCUAUAUUCUGGAUCAGAAUAAGGCUAUCGAAUCGGGCAGUCAACAAGGAGAAAAAGUCAACUUGGUUGCUCUGGGAAUAAACAAUGGCAUGUUCGACUCAACACUCCAAGAGAAGGCUUACAUCACGUUUGCAUACAACAACACCUACAGACAACUCAUUGAUGAGUCGUUGAAAGACAAGCUUCUGGAGGCUUACGAGUCUGAAUGCCGUCCAGCGGUUCAGAAAUGCCAGCAAACUCAAACCGACGAGGACUGCCAGAACGCUGGCUCGGUGUGCGGAGAGACAGUCGAGGGUCCCAUCAUGCAAGCCGGUGGUGACUUUAAUGUCUAUGAUAUACGAGAGCCAUCCGACGAUCCCAACCCGCCAUCGACAUACUCCACGUACAUCACAAGGCCCGACGUAGUGAAGGCAAUCGGUGCGAGGUCGGAUUACCAGGAAUGCGCGAAUGCGCCCGGCCGGAAAUUCGGUGCUACCGGAGACGAAUACCGUUCAACCCUCCCAGACUUGUCUGAGGUCAUCAAGGCAGGAGUCAACGUUCUUGUCUGGGCAGGCACGGCAGACUAUAUCUGCAACGUCGAUGGAAGCAUUGCUGUGGCAAACGCAGUUGAUUUCCCCGGACACGACGAAUUCCAGGGCAAGGCCCUUGAGGCCUACAAGGUCAACGGAAAGGAAACUGGACAGUUCAAGUCUGUCGACAACUUCCAUCUCCUGACGGUAGCCGAUGCGGGGCACGAAGUUCCCUACUACCAGCCGGAAACCGCCCUUCAGGCCUUUACCCAGAUCCUGCAGAAGAAGCCGCUUGCCUCCACAUAA